UAUCUUCCUCUUCCUUCAAACAAAUAAAAAAAAUAUCCUUUGUUUUUUUUUCUUUUCUCUCUCUUUUGCUCUCUAUCCAAACAAAACCCAAAAACAUGGAAUUCAAUAGACAAUCUUCUCCUACUGCUACUUUAACACCACCAAGAAUUACUAUCCCCACCCCAUUUUCAUACUCAUCUCAUCUUCUAAUUCUCCUUCUCCGACUACUUCGCCGCAGUACUCUCCGACCGCAAUCCCCUCGCCUUCUCAUCAAUCUGCUCCGAUGACUGUCAAGGGGCUGGCGUCUCCACCUCCUCCUCCUUCACCGCCUGUGGUGGUUAGUCCUUGUGCGGCCUGCAAAAUUCUUCGCCGGAGAUGCGUCGACAAGUGUGUUUUAGCUCCGUAUUUCCCUCCCACCGACCCUCUUAAGUUCACCAAUGCUCAUAGAGUCUUUGGAGCUAGCAAUAUCAUCAAGUUCUUGCAGGAAAUUCCAGAGUCUCAGAGAGCGGAUGCAGUGAGCAGUAUGGUUUAUGAAGCAAAUGCUCGGAUCCGAGACCCGGUUUAUGGAUGUGCAGGAGCAAUUUGCAAUCUUCAGAAACAAAUUAGCGAGCUUCAAGCACAAUUGGCCAAAGCACAAGCUGAGCUCGUGAACAUGCAAUGCCAGCAAACAAAUUUGAUUGCUUUAAUUUGCAUGGAUAUGACCCAGUCUUCUCAAGAACUACCAAAUUUGCCACAACAAGUCCCAUGGGUUGACACGACCUGUUUCUUAGACGACAACGUUUUGGGAAAUUCAUGGGAACCUCUUUGGACAUGAUCGACAAUUAGUUCUUGGGGAGCAUAUAUAUAUAUAUAUAUAUAUAUGUAUGAUUAUCUUAUAAUUAAUUAACCCUCAAAUUAAGGAAGAGACAGUAUUGAAAAAAACAUUUACUGAUAGUUUUGAAGAAAAUUUUCCAAUAAAAGUACUAUAUAUUGUUCAUGAUGUUGUUUCCAAAUUAAUGUUAACGAGCUAAACCUUUGGAAAAAAGAAGGCAUAUUUUGUUUUUAUUUUAUUUUAUUUUAUUAGAUUGUAAUUUUAGGAAAAGAAAAUUAAUGAAGAAAAAAGACAUAUAGAAAGGGAAAGAAAAGAAAAAGAGAGGAGAUUGGGACAAGGGAAGGCUGUCUUAUUCUGUAGUCUAUGCUAAAUCUUGAAUUAAAACUAGAUUUGGUGACCUAAUUUUAUCUUCUGAAA